AUGAAUUGGGGUAAUCCAUACAACUGGGGUGCUGCAGAUUGGUAAUAGGCUACUUGGGGUGAGAGAUUCAUGUUCAUUGAUCCCUACUUCUGGAGUUAUUUCGGAGUAGGUUUGGCUUUGGCUACAUCAAUCAUCGGAGCGUCAUGGGGUAUAUUUGUCACUGGUGUUUCAUUGUUGGGCUCUACUGUCAAAGCACCACGUAUUCGAUCUAAGAAUUUGAUUUCUGUCAUCUUUUGUGAAGCUGUCGCUAUUUAUGGUGUAAUUAUGGCCAUCAUUAUGAUUGGAAAAAUUCAAACCAUCGAAUCAUACCCAGAUGGUUAACAAGAUGAAUGCUACACAACUGCACUUUUUAAUGGUUAUUCCUUGUUUUGGACAGGAGUUUCUGUUGGAUUGUCAAACCUAAUUUGUGGUAUUGCAGUUGGUGUUACUGGAUCAGGCUGCGCUAUUGCUGAUGCCCAAACUCCAGAAACUUUUGUUAAAAUUUUAGUCGUUGAAAUCUUCGGAUCUGCUCUAGGAUUAUUUGGAGUCAUUGUUGGAAUCAUCCAGUGUUCAGGAGCAACUUUUCUUAAGAAUUGUACCUCAUGAUAUUGCAUAUUAAAAUAACAUAUAUAAUAUAUAUAAUUAUUCUAUGU